AUGGCGUCGGAUGAGCUGUGGCAAGCUUUGGUGCCGCGCCUGGCGACUAGGGAGAAUGAGAGCGUCGCCAUCGCGGUGGCGCGCACGUGCCGCACCCUGCGCGCCGCGGUGGAGGCGAGGCUGUCGCAGCUCCAUGUCUCCUCCUCUGAAACUAACUGGAAUGACAUGAGGAGGUCACCCACGUGCCUGCGGGACAUCGGCACUCGUUUCGCGCGGGUCACCACCCUGCAUGUGUACCUGCACACCGGGGCCGCCGUGGAGCUCCCCAAAAACCUGCAGGCCGCUGGCGCCGCGUGGCCCUCGGUGCUGUCGCUCUUCAUUGAGGCAGACUCCUUGACCGGCCCCGACGACCUCGUGCACGCCCUCGCGCUGCUCACCGCCCGCUGCCCAAACCUGGUCUCUGUGCAGCUGUUGGGGGACGCCAGGGUCGCGCCCGGCGGCGCCGCCGGCGCUGGCGCGACGGGCCUGUUUGCGGCGCUGUCCCCGGCGGCGGGCACCCUGCGCAGCGUCGACCUCCAGAACUGCACCGGCCUGGUCGCCCGCGAUACAUCGCGCCACCUGCCCCAGUUGUCCGGCCUGACGUGGCUCGCGUUCAGGUAUGGCCCCGCAGACGAGCCGGGGGCGCGCGAGGCUUGGGACGCCGUGGCGGCUGCGGUGGGGGCCCUGACAGCGCUCGAGGUUCUCAGGGUGGAAGGCCGCGACCCAGAGCCGCCGGGCGCGCGCCCGCUGCGGCUGGCGCCGCUGGCGCGCCUGCGGGUGUUGGAGGCGCUGCCGGCUGUGGCGGAGGGCGCGCUACGCGGCGUGUGCGCCGAGGGCGGGGCCCUGGCGGCGCUGACCAAGCUGCGGCUGCGUGGCCCGUGUCUUACAUCACGGGAGGCUGUUGAGGAUGACGUCACCGACGCCGACCUGCUGGCCCCAGAGCCGCUCGACGCCGCUGCCAUAGCGGGCAUCUCGCGCGCUGCCCCCGCGCUGGACGUCCUCUAUGCCGACUCAGGCGUCCUCCUGCCGCACGGCAGCCCGGCCGCGCUGCCGGAGACGCUUAAGGAAAUGCGCCUGGGCCCGUCCGAUGUGGUGCUCGCGCGGCUCGCGCCGCAGCUGACCUCCCUGUCCGUCCUGGAGGCCCUGCAGUGGGGCGUGCGGCUGGAGGCGGCGCUUCAAGAGCAUCCCACGCUGGAGCGGGUGACGUUCAAAAAGUGCCGCAUCCUCAGUGAGCGCGAGGAGGAGGAAGAGGACGAGGAGGACGAGCUGAACGGCGGCGAUGGCCUGGGCUUCCUGGCGGAGCUGCCGCGGCUGCGCGCUGUGAAGAUCUCGCAGAUGGAGCCCGACUUGCUGGCAGGCCCGCGCGCGGGCGAGUGGGUCAGCCGCCGGCUGUGCACGUGGGCGCUAGCAUGGGCGGGCGGUGCUGUUGAGGAGCUUGACCUGUACCUUGGGCACGCGGGGGAGCCACUUGCGGUCCUGGCAUUGAUAGGCGCGGCAAUGGGCGCACGCCUCAGGCGCCUCAGCCUGAUGCUGGAGAACUCAGCGCACCCGGGCGACGGUUGGGGGCGAGAUGCGCCCACUUCUGCGGCGCGAGGCCUUCUGUCGCUGCCACUCUUCACCCGGCUCGAAGAGCUCUCGCUCGUCCUGGUGUCUCUGGGGCCCCUGCCCCCGCUCGUCCCCGGCCCGGCAGGCACGGGCGGUCGGGGCGUCGAAUUUGGUGAGGGCAGCGGGCAGCGUGGAUCCAGCGGCGGCGGGUGGGAGGCGUCCAUCACCGUACUGUUGGCGCCGCUGUUGUCGCUGCGGCCGGCGUCCUUGGCGCGUGUGGAUGUAUGUCUGCAGGCCCCAAAAGCCUUGCAGGGGGGUCCCGAGGGCAAGGCCGAGCUCGAGGCCGCGCGUGCGGCCUUAGCGGCGCCGCACAAGGAGUACCUGACCCUCAGGUUGGUGCAGUUUCCGGACUGGUAG